UGCAGCGCUCGUACUACUUCACUAUCCUACAUCCUCCAUCCUCGUCCCACCAACCCGCCAGCCCGCCAGCCCUACCCGCACGACCACAUCCCAACCUCCGUUCGCCCCUCUAUACCCCUCACAAUGUCCCUUCCCUCCCCGCUCACCCUCCCCUCCCUCCCCCCCUCUACCGUCACCCAAAUCCUCGACGUCCUCCUCGAACCCACCCCCUCCCUCCACUCCCUCUUCCUCCACCUCCUCCACCCCCUACCCCCCACCUACCCCGCCCUCAUCGCAUCCCUCGAGCGCGAGCUCCUCCACCUCUGCGCCAUCGUCGACCAAAUCGAGGCCGAUCCUGUCAAGGCGGCCGGAUCGUAUGCGUCGACCGACGGGAAGUGGGUCGCGGACGGCCGCAUGGUACAAACCAUCGUCGAUGAGGUGAUGAACAGCCAUCCGCGCCUGGGCACCCCGAAGCCAGUGGAGGUCAAAUCCGGCUCCGAUCCGUCCGCGUUGUCAGCACUGUCCGCCGCGGAGCAGAAAGCGAUGAACUCCGCCUCGACCUCCACGUCAACGCCAACACCCACAACGACCACCCCAACCCCCGCGCCCUCCGCCGAUUCCGAAACCGCGCAGCUCGCACACCUGAACACCGCGUACGAGGCCGCGUAUCCGGGACUGCGGUUCGUGACGUUCGUGGCGGGGCGGCCGCGGGGGGUGAUAAUGGAGGAGAUACGAGGGGCGAUUGCAAAGGCGGGGGAGGCGGGGGCGGCGGCGGAGGAGCGGAGGAAGGCGGUUGGGGCGGUGUGUCGAAUUGCGGAGGCGAGAGUGGGGGUGUUGGGGGUUGGUAGGGAGGCGGGGAAGGGGUAGGUGAUGAUAGGGGGCGCUGUGAAAUGCUCGGGGAUGGAGGUUGCGGUUCGCAUGUCAAUGUAAGACGACCAUGUCCAUGGACCGAUGAUUGGAUAAGGUGUGGAAGGUACAUUAACCGAUUCAUUCAUUCAUUCAUGGUCCCAGAGCCCAUCCAUCAGACAGAACACAUACUAUUUUAAUCCAGAGCUCCCAAACACCUUCGCUAAACCUUUAAAAAACAAAUUCAAAAUCCAAAUCGCCUCCCUUUUUGUUUAUCCCUCCCUUUCCUCGAACCUUCAUAUAUCCCUCCCUUCACACCACCCCACCCCACCCCAUCCGCAU